AUGCUUUUACGUGAUUUUGUUGCACAGCUCAACAGUCAAUCACCUCAGCUCUCUGCGACACUCAACGUCGCCGACUUUGUGCGGUUCGCCACCCUGGCCGCUGAAGCCCUACACAUCGCCGGCGAAUCUCUACGUCUGACAUCAACUCGGUUCACCCUCAUACCGUUCCUUGCAACAGCGCUAUCGCCUGGAUACCCCCAUGACUUAUAUUCUGAACUAUGGCGAAUCAUGUUUGCGAUCUUACCCUCGUGUCGAAUCAACCCAUCUGCUACUGUCCGCAAGUUUGGCAUGCAGGAGGAUCUUACAACCAAGCUUCCCGAACGCUUUUUACGCGCACCCUUUUCCCAGUGUCUUGUUUGCUGCUCAAAUGGCCACUCACACAACUUACAUGUUCACUCGCGCCUCAACGGUUACCUGUACGACGUUGAUGGCGUCCACACAAUUGAGACCGUCAUUCUAUGCUGUUCCAUUACUGUGGUUUGGACGGCAGACCAACUCUGUGGCACCUUCUACAGACCUAGUUUUUAUACUCGAGAUGGUUUGCGACAUUAUUAUACAAACGAAAUGGGACGCGACCAGGAUUAUCUUCACGUACACUGCCAUUACUAUAUGACUUGCCGCUUGGCCUACAUGUUCCGGAUCAUUCAAAUGUUAGCACAUGUAUCACAUUUCAAUCUGGUUAACUGGUUUAACCAGAUCUUUGUAGAUGACUCCGAUGUUGCCACAUUCACCCCCCGGCAGGGCUUCACUCCGUCUCUCUCAGAAGAAGUGUGUCGCGAUGGGCUUAUACUUCACUCAUUGAUCAAUCACGCAGAUCGAAGAGGGUCUUUUCUCGCAGUAACCUCCAGUGGCACCGAUUCAAUCCGUUUCGACUCGGCAAUCGAAUUGCACCUCAAUCAAUUGGAUAUUGAAGGAUCUCGAUACCGGGACCAUUAUUGCUCCAGCUGUGUCCGCUUGACACCUGGUGGUGUGGAUCCAGAUACCGGUGAAGUGAUCUACAAAUCGCCUCAUCUCAGCAACUGCAGGAAAUCUCUCGAUCUCUUGGACAGCCCCCACCUGAAGGCCCUUGCACAAAGAAGCUGGCAAACAUCAACGAUCGGUAUUGCACCGACCACUUUCCAAUCCUGGGUGGGCGCUGUCAAGCACAACCCUGCCCUAAGCCAGCGUGUAAAGAUAGCCAGACUUGCGACAACAUAG